GUCAAAUAUUUCAAUUUAAUAAAAACGUACUUUUGCAUAGCAGUUCUCGUAAUUUUAUAACUUUGUUUUUAAAUAGAAACUGAUUAUUCUUGUAGUAAAAGAGUAGCUAAUAUUGUAAUAUUCUGAUAAAUAGUCUAAUUAAAGUUGAAGAAAAAUACUUGUAUAAUUUUACAGGUUGUCUCAUGAAAUACACUUUAUGAUAUAACCAGUAUAAUGGCAAACUGCUUUACCUUUGCCAAGAGAAAAUCUAUUGUUGUAGAAGACAGUACUUGGACAAAUCAAGUUGUAACACAAAGCCCGUUAAGUUUUACAAAUAAUGAAGACAGCCUAAAUGAAACAUAUGCAACUGCAGUAGAUGAAAAUGAAACUCAAUACCUAUCUGUCCUAGAAUCAACAACUGGUGAUGACACAUUAGAAGAUAUUCAUGAUAUUACACUAGGCAGUCAAAAAUUACUUAUUCAAGAUACUAUGGGACUUAAUGUUGAAACAAUAUCUCAAGAUAAUUUUAAUGCAACUGAAUCUGAAGAACAACAGGUUGUAAUAUUUAAUGUGGAAGGAUCUAAUGAGCUUUAUGGUAUACAAGUAGCUCAAGAUAAUGAUGGAAAUGUUCAUAGAUACCAAUUUCAAUUAAGGAAAACUGGAGAUGGACAGCUAGAACCUAUGCCAGAAACUGUUCAAUUAUUAGCUAAUGAAGAAGAUCAACAAGUGACAGAAGAACAGCAGGAUGCUUCUGAACUAACUGCUGAUCAGAUAAAUAAAGAACAGUUUGAACAUCCUGUUUAUUUACAGGCAAAAUUAGAUGAAACAGAUGAAAGUUCGCAAUCUCAUUUGUUUAUUUCUGAAAAAUCAAAUGUGAAGAAAGAAGGCACAAGUUUUUUCAGGGAAGACUUGGAAGUAAACUAUGAAGAAGCUAGUAUAAAUCUCAAAUCAGAGAUAAAUUUGGCAACAUUAAAGGAAGAGUUUAUCAAGCAACAAAAUGAGGAAUGCCAGGAUACAGAGGAGCCACUCUCUGCCAGUUUUGAUGAAGAUUUUACAUCCGAAGCUACUUCGUAUGAUACAGCAGAAAUCCACAAUGACCAAGAGGCAGUUAUAGAGUUCGACAAUCAAACUACACAAGAUUAUGAAGAUAGUGCAGAACCUAAAAAUGAUCCACUCCAUUUUGAACAAAUGUUCAUUCAUGAUCAUCAGACAGAUGAGAUACAUCAUUAUCAUGAAGAUUUUCAACCUGAAAAUGAAGAUAAUUCUAAUAUACUUAUAAUCGAGAAAGAUGCAGAAAACAAUGAAUCUGAACAUGAAGAUUAUGAAUUUGUCAGUCAACUUCCAGUUACAGCUGAAGAUAUUAACGAAGAAGAAACUGUUGACGAGGAAGCAGGUGUAUGGUACUCUGAGCCUAACAUUCCUGUAGAAUCUGUGAAGCUCACUGAAAAUUCAUUGCUAAAGACAACAAAUAUUCUUAAACAGCCCACAAAUACCGUCAAACCAGUUGAUCCCAAGAAAAAGGCAAUUUUGUACUAUAUGGUUCCUAGGACUGAUCAAAAAGAAAACGUCAACUCACUUCCUUACACAAACAGUAAUCCUCGCAGUCUCUUGAAAAAUAACUUGGAUCUUACUAAAAUCAAUGAGGAAAAUAUAAAAAAACUACAGAGAGAAAAACUAAUGGAAAGGAGAUAUGCCAGGAGCAAAGAGGCCAUUCAAGCAAAGAUGUUUAAUAAUUUCAUAAAUAAAACGACCAUUCCUCACGCUCCUGUCAGGCAAGGUAGAUUACCUAGGAAGCAGCAGAUUAAGCCGGUAGAUAAUAGAAGAAACGAAGAAAUCAUUGUACAAGAGGUGAUGGUUUCGUCAAAAGGAUUUGUCGAAAGUGUGAGCGAUAGACUAAAAAAUUUAGAGGUGACCAGCAUAGUUGAAUUAAGCGACUCCGACGAUGACAAGGAUCUUACAAAUGGAACCAAAAAGAAAAAGAAACACAAGAAGGCAAAUUCAGGCAGUACAGCGACAACCUCCGAUUCAGAAGGCAGUGUAAUAGAAAUUAUACAUACUGAUGAUGAAUCAGAGAAUACUAGUUGUGUUAUGAGUACUGUAAAGAAAGGACCCGGUAGGCCGAAGAAGAAUACCGAGGACAUUUCAAAACGUUCCCACGAACUCGAAACUAAUAAAGACAAUGGUAGUGGUAGUAGUACCGAGAGUACCCCUAGUAAAAAAAGCCGGACUGAUGACUCCAGUGAAGUCGAAAGUGACACAAACAAACAAGACAACCACGAAAUAAAUUGCCCACUGUGCUCCAAAUCUUUUCCAAACCAAAAUAGCCUUAGUACUCAUAUACAACAUCACAAUUUAGAAAAUAGUUUGCGAAGUACUACAAAACCUAAUUUGGAAUAUCGACACAACUGCGAUAAGUGCCAACAGACCUUCAAGAAUUCUAUACUGUUGAAGAAGCACGUUUGCAAUAUUGGCAAAGAACUCAAAAACGCGCACAAGUGUGGAGUAUGUUCCAAAACGUUCAAGGACAUAACCCUUUUUAACAUCCACAAAAAAUCUCAUAUCAAAGAAAAUUUAAUAAAAACUACCACAGUUGUUAGCAUAUCACCAAAGAAGUUCACACCUAGGCCAUCAACCAGCUUAUCAAAAACACCUUUCAAAGCUCCAGCUAGCUUUAAGUGCAAAGAAUGCUCAAAAGUUUGUUCUUCCCAAACUAUACUUACAAUCCACGAAAAAUCGCACAAAAAGUUUUUCUGUGCCAAUUGUAAUAUGAGCUUUACCUCAAAAAUCUUGUUGGACACCCAUGUCCGUAUAAAAUGUGUGAAGAACUCUUCACCGAAGGAUAGAAGAUUAUCAUUUAAAAUCAGAAAGUCGUUUAUUAGUUCUCCACGGAUGAGUUCGAUCAGAGGCAAAAGCUUCAAUACACUAAAACCUUCAGCCACUGCCGCUGCUACUAAUAACACUAGAAAAAGCAGUGUUACUAAUAGUGCCAGAAAGAGCAUACUUCCUAGCAGUAGUGCAACAAAAAGCGCUGGUCCUAGCAACGGCGUUAGAAAAACCCUUAUUCCUAGUAGUAGUACAAGAAAAAGCAUUAUUCCUAGUAGUAGUGCAAGAAAAAGCUUCCUUCCAAGCAGUAGUGCAAGAAAAAGCGUUAUUUCGAAUGAUAGUGCCAGAAAAAGCUUUGCUCCCAGAUCUACAAGUGCUAGUUCAAGUUUAGGGAUAAAUAACAGCAUUAGAACGAAACAAAUUUUAAAUCCACUAUUUAAAGAUAGCGGUAAUACAACAAAAAACGUUAAUUCGGGAUUGAAUACUAGCAAUUUUGUAAAGAAUUUGGAAGUAGAAAUCCAGUGCGAUUCUUGUACCAUGAAAUUUACAAAUUGGACAGCGUUGUUUAAGCACAAAGUUAAGAACCAUGGGCUUCACACUCCUGACAAAAAAGUCUUAGAACCAAAACGGAAAGGGAUUCACAAACCGCUUACUUUGCAUGGAGGCAUUCCCGCUAACGAGAGAUUAAACAAAGCUUUCCAGAUAUUAAGACGAAAUUUGGCGAUGGUCGAUGCUGAUACAACCGAAGAAUCAACACUAGGAGACAAAUCUGAACAAAAAAAAGAUACUGUACUGCCGCAAAUAGUCAUAUCUGAGCCUAGUCACACUAAACAAUAAUUUUAAACUAUUUAAUCUAUUCAACGGUUUAUUUUAUAUUUAUUUUUAUUGUUGGAUGGAAAUAGUUAGUUUAUAUAUUUUUUAGUAAAUAUGGCGUGUUCGCGAUUG